AUGGUCGAUUGCGAACCGAACCCUGGCAACGCGGUGUUCCAGGACCAGCCGGCCAUUGUCGUCGAAGUUCUUUCCGAUAGCACACGCCGCCAGGACUCACUCGAAAAGCGCGAGAAUUACCUGACGAUCCCAUCGCUGAAGGCCUACCUAUUGGUGGAGCCCGACGAGGCGAAGGUGAGCGUCUACCGCCGCCGCGUCGACGCCGCCGACCUCGACUCUUUCGAAGCCCCGCUCUACAUGGGCCACGAAGCCGUCAUCCCGCUCGAUGAGAUCGAGGUCGAACUGCCGCUGGCGGAGGUUUACGUGCGGUUCAAGUUCGAGGCUUGA